GCUGUCUCAUGGCGGCGGGAUAGUUUUAAAGCGCACGGUAACGGUCAACAGAGCUGCCAUGUCCGCCAAGCAGAUUUACUAUUCCGACAAAUACGACGACGAUAAAUUCGAGUAUCGGCAUGUAAUGCUGCCGAAAGAUAUUGCAAAGAUGGUCCCUAAAACGCACCUUAUGUCUGAGACAGAAUGGAGGAAUCUGGGAGUUCAGCAAAGUCAGGGCUGGGUACACUACAUGAUCCAUGAGCCUGAGCCCCACAUCUUGCUAUUCCGAAGGCCCUUGCCAAAGAAGGCUUAAGAUCCUAAAUCAUGGUUAUUGUCUACAUGCGAGCACCUUUCUCUCAAAGCAAGUUUUCCUUGGAUUUUGUUGAUGUCGUCGCAUAAUAUUCUUCACUUCUGGACUAAUUGACUUUUCAUCAAGAUCCACACUGAAGGGGAAAAUGGGCAGAAUAGAUAUUUAUAUUAUCUGAAUUUUAUAUGUAGGCUAAUGCAGCAGUUGUCGCUCUUGGCAAGGACUAGGUAGUGGUGUGCUGUAACUUAUACUGUUGUGUUUAUUAUUUUAAAACAAAACACACAAAUAGUGAUCACCCCAAUCAAUUCUGAAAACUGAUACAACCAAAUGGCAAAAACAGAAAAUUGGUGUGUUGUGGAGGUUAAUAAAUGAGUGUUAAUACCUUGGGAUAUUUAUUGAUACUGGUCACUCACAAUCCGCAUAUAGCUCUGAUAUGCAGUGCCAGAUAUUCCCAAUGUUUCAUCAUAUUUUGUUUUUUAGACACCUAGGAUUGAGCGCUUUUAAGACUGGAGUUUGCAUCCUUGGUCCUCUUUAGUAACCCAUUUUUCUUCAGUCUUGCUGACUGUUCAUACCAGGUCCUUUAACCCAUUAAGGACAUGUCAUGAUUCCCUUUUUAUACCAGAAGUCCUUAAGGGGUUAAGAUAUGAACGCAUUUUUUUGGAGUUUUAGGCUUAACCACCUCCUUUCCCAGCUGUCAUGUGGAUUGUGAGUUGGGUAUUGGCACUCAAUCUUAUUAACCUCCACUCUAUUGGUCUCUUAUUAUAUACACCACACAAAUUUUGUUUUUUAUUCUGACACUGCAAGUCUAUGCCAUGGCUUUUCCUUUUUCUUAACUCACUUUAAUAAAGUGACUUUUGUUUUAUA